AUGUCGAGAUCAUUAACUAGCACAUUACUUUGCUUAUUUUCCGAACCUGUUGAAAGAUUUAAAGAAUUAGAUAAGAAAUAUUUAGAGAGUAAAUUAGUGCAAUGUAAACAAGAAAUGAAGAAAGGGUUUUACUAUGAAAGUUUAGUUUAUCCCUACAAUGUUUCACAUUUUAAAAUAGAUCCUCAAUAUUCUCAAUAUAAUCAUCUGCAUAAUCAACGUAGUAAUCAAACGAUAACUUUUAAAACCAUUGCAAUAAUUGGAGCUGGUGGCUCAUCAGCUUCUUAUUGGCUGAAAGAAACAUUUAAUAACUCUAAUAGUAGUAGUUUAAAAUUUAAUACAACAAUUUAUGAAAAAUCAUCAAUAAUUGGUGGACGUGCUAAAGUUGUUGAAUUUGAAUCAGUUAAUGGGGAAAAAUUUAAUAUUGAAUUGGGUGGAUCACUAUUUAUUGAUAGUAAUUAUCAUAUAAUUAAUGCAUCAAAACAAUUUGGAUUAGAAUUUAUUUAUUAUGGUGAAGAAACACCUAAUGCAAGAAAUGGAAUGUGGAAUGGAGAAAAAUUUGUAUUUGAGCAAUCUACUAGUUAUUAUUGGGAUUUAAUGAUAAUGACAUGGAGAUAUGGGCUUGCUCCAAUUAAAGUUAAUAAUUUGAUUCAAGCAACAAUAAACAAAUUUUUAAAUAUUUAUUAUCUCGUGAACCCAUUUACUAGCAUUGAUUCAGCUAUUGAGAAGUUGGAUCUUUCUGAUUUAGUAAAAUUCACUGGUGAAUAUUAUUUCUCUGAAAUUCAAAAAAUAAAUCAAAAUUACCUUAAUGAUAUUAUAGAACCAGUUGUACGUGUUAACUAUGCUCAAAAUUUAAAUGAAAUUCAUGCAAUGGGAGUUUAUAUUGGAUCAGCAUCUAUAGGAGCCAAAAAAAUUAAAGGAGGGAAUUAUCAAUUAUUUGAAAAAUUUGCUGAAUAUUCAGAAGCAAAUAUUAAAUUAAAUUCAAAAGUUAUAAAAAUAACAAAAAGAUUGUCAGAUACAUCAUUGAGAUAUUUGGUUCAAACUGAAGAUGGAAAUGUUGAUGAGUAUGAUGGAAUUAUCUUGGCUACUCCAAUAGAAGUUUCAGGAAUAAUUUUUGAAAAUAUUUCUAAAAUGCAAGAAAUCAAAGAGAUUCCAUAUGUAACACUUCAUGUAACAUUGGUGGCAGGAAAUUUGAAUCCAAAUUAUUUUGGUAAAACAUCAUUUGAUGACUUACCACUACAAAUAGUGACAACAAAUAGUCCAAAAGUGGAAUUCUUAUCCUUAACAACUGAAAGAAUAUUGAGUAAUGGUGAAACAGUUAAUAAAAUUUUCACUCUAGAUUAUUUAUCAGACGAAAUUUUAUCCAGAAUUUAUUUAAACACCUCUUGGAAUUAUAGACAAGUUUGGAAAUCAUAUCCUAAAUUGUUACCGAAUCAGACUUUUCCACCUAUAGAAAUUGAUGAUAAUUUCUUUUACAUCAAUAGUUUUGAACCUUUUAUUUCUACUAUGGAAACUGAAACAGUUUCAAGUAAAAAUAUUGUCAAUAUAAUAGCAAUAAUAGAUUGUCUUCAAGAUAUUUUUGAAUAUUUAAGAAGUGAUAACAAUGCAUUGCAUUCUUGUAUAUUGGUAAACAAAAUAUGGUGUGAGGCUGCUACUCCAAUACUAUGGAGCGAUCCCUUUAAAACCCUAUGUAGUGUAGUAUUUUACAACAAUGGGGAAAAACCAGCAGUAGAAUCUAUUGGAGAAUGCUAUAACAACAAUGGUUACAAACCAAAGUACAAAGAGUUUUCUGUCUCACGACAAAGAACUGAAAGUCUACUCAAAGCUUUUCUGUACUGGGCAACCGAACAACAAAAAAACUCAUUAAAAAACACAGUAUCAAAAUUUAAAAAAAAAUCAAGGCCAAAUUUUCCAAGGACUAGAAAUGACACUGAUUUUCUUUCUUUGAUAAAUUCAACAUCAACAUCAACGUUUGACUAUCCUUUUUUCAUGCGAACAUUAGAUCUCAAACGUCUCAGCUCGACUAUAUCUAUUUGGUUAAAUGACGUAUAUGAUUCUAGCGAACCUUACUUUGUCAAUGUAAGCAUAUUACAAAAAUUAGAAUGUUCAUCUGAUUUUCCAAAAGAAAUAUUUACCUCUUUGUCAAAGGUUUGUCAGAAUAUUGAAAUAUUUAAAAUGACAACGAAUUUCAGAGAAAAUGUUGGAUUAAACGAAUUGAUCAAAGUUCAAAAAUGCAUCAAGCACGUAGAGUUAUAUGGUAAAAGUGAUUAUAGUGAUCUACUUGGAAUUUUUCCACAUUCUGAAGCUUCUUUCGUAUUAUAUUCUAAUGACUUUAACUCUGUCAAAUUACACUAUCAUACAAAUAUGGUUAACAUUUUACCACGUUGUGAAAAUUUAAAAGUGUUAAAGCUGGAAAUUCAUAAUAAUUUACCCAUUUCAUUGAUCAAUCCAUUGACAAACUCUUCAUUUGUGAAUUUAAUAAGGCUAGAAAUCUAUGCAAACGCUUUAAGUUUAGGGCAGCUAUCUCAAAUUAUUGGAAACACAGAUGGAAAACUAACUUAUGUUUCAAUAGAUUGUUGGAAUUUAUCUGAUUUGGACAAAGAUGGGUUUUUGUUUGAAUCAGUUGCAAACUAUUGUCCAGAUUUACUUUAUUUUCAUUGUCCAAUAAAUAGGAUAACUCCCUAUUUAUUGGAAGGAGUCAAUAAAUUCUGUGAAAAUUGUCAAAAACUUCAACAUUUUAAAUUAGAUUCUCCUGAUGAACUUGAUUUGUCUGAAAUUUUAAACAUUUUGGGCAAAUCUGCUGGUCCUAAUGUCACCGAAUUUGGUUUUGAGGGUUCAUGGAUAGCGCCAUCUAGCAAAGUUAACUCAUUUAUUAAAUCUCGCAAAAAAUUAGAUAGACCAUUUAAAUUAAAGGUCAAUGAAGCAUUUAAUUUUAAUCAUUUACCUUAA